AUGGCCUGGAAACAUCACCUCCAUUGCACUCAAAGGAGGGGGAUGUUUCUAGCAUCACCUUUUCGGGUGAGUGCACGUCAUAAUAUUUGGUAGUGGGGGCAUGCGUUCGCGCAGCCCCUAAUAAAAUAAAAUAGAAAACGCGGUAAAUUCAGAGAGCAGGAAUGUACAAAGGGUGAGUUGGUGCUGGGCUGAUACAGCAUAUGAGAGUAUGGACGAGUUGAAUGAUGGUACUUGUUUACAGAGCAGACUGAGAAGGAUGAAGGAAACAAAGGCCAAAAAGGGAUCUGCAGCUACAGAGACCAAGAAUAGGAAGGCAGCUGAUAAAAAGAAGUCUCUCAGUGUCAAGGAGACAAAUUCAAAGAAGAAGCCAUCACGAGCAGAAGCUAAGGCCAAAAAGGACCCUAACCAACCUAAGAGGCCUCCGACUGCUUUUUUUGUGUUCUUAGAGGAAUUUCGAAAAACCUUUAAAGAAGAGAAUCCAAAUGUAAAAGGAGUAACAGCAGUUGGCAAAGCGUGUGGUGAAAAAUGGAAGGAAAUGUCUGAGAAGGAAAAGGCGCCUUAUCUUGCUAAAGCUCAACGUUUGAAGUCUGAGUAUGAGAAAUCCAUGACAUCAUACAAGAAAAAAAAAGAUGAAGCUGAAGAAGUUGCACAAGAGGAAUCUGAAAAGUCCAAGUCUGAGAUAAAUGAUGAUGAAGAUGAUGAAGAUGAUGAAGAGGAGGAGGACGAGGAAGAGGAUGAUGAUGAGUGAUUGUGUUGAAGUGUAGCAGAGAUAUUGGCAGCGAGAAGAUUUUCAUUUACUGUUCUCUUGCCAAAUCUUACUUAAUGACAGUAGCCAAAAUUCUCGUCUCUGUACAGCAUGUUAUUUAAAGAAGUUUUUGAGCCAUUGUAGCUUGGCUAGAUAGCUGUAAAGUAAAAUCUAUCAACAUUUAUUGAUAUAAGCACUUUAGUGUUUGGAGCCUAGUCCACCAUCAAUGGCUUUGAUAUUUCAAUUGUUGAUUUUAAUUACUAUUAAUCACUUGCAGAAAGCACUUUUAAAUAUGAUUUUGCAGGUAGUUAAAGA